UCCAGUCCCCACCCAGCUUUUCAGCUUUCAGGCGGCGCCUUCCAGCGAGAUGGAUCUGACACAGGUGCUGCCGGAGGAAUUGCUCGCCGACGUGCUCCGCCGCGUCGCGCCGCGCGGCCUCGCCGCGUGCCGCUGCGCCUGCAAGGCCCUGCUGGGCAUCAUCAACGCACGUCGCCUGCUGCGCACGGACCUCCUCCCGCACUCCGUCGCCGGCAUCUUCAUCAACUUCCACAGCGAAGGUUUGCCGGAGUUCUUCGCCCGUCCCUCAACAGGCCCCACGAUCUCCGGAAGGUUCGACUACCUGCCCCCACACAUUGGGGACUCCCAGUAUCGUGGUAAAAUCGAGGAUCAUUGCAAUGGCCUUCUCUUACUCGAAGAUUAUUUCGAGAAUUAUUAUGUGGUUAACCCGGCAACGAGACAGUGGAAUUCUUUGCCGCCGCACCCUUCCAUGUCCAAGUCUGGGGAGAUCGAUGCUGACUUCACAUACCAAGAGUACCUCAUCUUUGAUCCCACGGUAUCACCCCACUAUCAGGUACUCCCUCCAGCAUUGGAUGAAUUAGACACUGUUAUGGAGGAAUCUGAAUGGCCACCAUCUGUUUGUGCCCUGCACGUUUUCUCCUCGAGCUCGGGCCGUUGGGAGGAGAGGUCUUUUAUUCGAGAUGGGAAGGCUGCAGACACCAUCGCUGAUAUGCGGCGGCAUUUCGACAAGCACUAUGCUGUCUACUGCCGGGGUGCACUUUACAUGCACUGCAUAACUGAUUUCAUAAUGAGGUUCUCUUUGUCAAAUGAUAAGUGCCAAGUAAUUAAACCACCGAUACAUGGUGAACUGGGGGAGUGCCCAAAGCUCCAUCUUGGACAAUCUGAAAAAGGGGUCUACCUUGCAUCUAUUUGUGAAAUGUCUCGUCUUCUGGGCUCUAAGCCGACAGCCAAAUGUAUGCCGACGACCACCGUCGGCCUAAACCGAGGUAUGCCGACAGCUAGGUCCUGGCCGUCGGCGUACAAUGGCCGUCGGGCUAUCCCCGUCUACGCCGACAGCAGCCGUCGGCACAUAGCGGCCGUCGGCUUAUCCCAGGCUACGCCUACAGCUGCCGUCGGCAUAUACAGGCCGUCGGCAUAG